AUGGAGGGGGUGAACGGCUCUUCGUUCAUGAAGUAUGGCUCCUUUGUAUCCAUUUUGGUUUUAAUACUGGCUUACACGUUCCGAACACCCCCGGACGCGUUGCUAGAUGACCGGCUGGACAACGUCCUGUCGUCGUUGCUACGAGCGGAGCGCAAAGUGGGCAUUGAUAUCAGAGCUCGACCCAAAGUGGCGAUCGGUUUCGGUGGGUGCGUGGACCUGCUAGUGGAUGGAGUAUCACUGAUGAAUGAGAUGGGGCUGUCCAGCACCAACCAGCCCCUGCACCAUGACUCCAUCGAGAACGCCCAACAGCUUGCCCAGAGCUUCGCCUAUUUCUUCGCACCGGGAGCUGCUUCAGAGCGUUUUGUGAUGAAUAAAACACUCUUCAGCGAGCUGGUGGAAACCUCUCGGGGGUUGCCCGGCAACCGAUGGGCAGUGGGUGGAAACGCCCCUGUGAUGGCAGGUCGCAUGGCAAACGAGGGCUGUGACGUUUUGCUAGGGGGAACCUUCAGCCCGGACUUUACCGAGGUCCUGUCCCAGCACAUCAUGGUGGCCGGUAAUGUAGUGGAGGAGCCAGACAUCCACCUGAUCCUCGAGUACCCCGCUGGGGCCAGCUGGGGCCCCUACACCUCCCGAAGGGCCAACAGGUACAUAGUCCACAGUGAUGACCAUAACCCCUACCUGGACUCCAUGGAUGACUUUGCGGAGAAACUUCAAGAUUUCAACCCUGAUCUUCUGGUGGUGGGGGGGCUGCAGAUGAUGGACAAUUUCCCCUUUAAGCCAGCGGAGAGAGCAGCUCUCCUCUCCCAGCUGGCAGACAUGAUGUCCUCCUCGUCCGCUCAGACGGGCAUCCAUUUUGAAAUGGCCAGUUUCGUGGAUGAAGGUCUGAUGAAGGACUUGCUCAACCUGGUGGUCCCGAACGCCAACUCUCUGGGAAUGAACGAACAGGAGCUGCCCAACCUGCUCAGCCUCCUGAAGGGCUCCAACAUCACCGUGCUCUCGGACCCCAACCCCCGCGUGGCCACCGUCCUGGACCAGAUGAGGGAGCUCUACAGCCUCCUCAACCAGCACCACCGGGCCGGCGACCGGGGAGCGGCCAGCGCCACGGGCCGCCGCCGGCUGACCCGGCUGCACGUCCACACGCUGGCCUUCCAGGCCAUGAUCGUGACCCAGGGCUCCCAGUGGAAGAACACCAUGUCGGCCACCGCCAAGGCCUCGCUCACGGCCAACCGCCACGUGUGCGGCUCCCCGGACAUCGACCCCAGCAAGGCGCGCCUCAUCAUGGACGACUCGUUCUCCGUCAGCCGCCAGGAGGGCAGCCAGCGCAUCAGCGUGGACGAGAGCCGGCCGGUCAGCUGCUGGCACGAGGACGACUACCAGGUCUGCGUGGCCCCCGUGCUGGUGUGCACCGAGGUGUACCAGACCGCCGGUGGCGGGGACAACGUCUCAGCCGCCGGGCUGGUGCUGCAGAUCUAGAGCAGCGCCACGGAAGGCUUCUCUUGUAAUACUUGCUGCGUGUCGAAGAAGUGGGCGCCCUCUGGUGUUUUAGGGAACCUGGACGGAUCGAUGUUUGACGGCGUUUCUAGGCGACUGCGUUUGGCCAGGCUAAUGGCAACUCUCCUCAGAAGCUAAUGCCAAAAAUGACUGUGUGACGUCUGGAUGAGUUCUUUGUAUGAUCUUGCAAAGUCCUCUUGUUUGUUUGUAAAACAGAAGUAGAAAGCCUGGGGGGGGGGGGGUCUAUUAUUUAUACUUCAAGAGAAAAUUUAACCGGAUCAAAUUUUGCAGUUCAUCUGUGCAAGCCCAGUGGAGAGACAUUUGGGGCCAAAUCGAAUUUGUAACAAUGGGGGAUAUUUCAUUCAAUCGACAAAACGGCACUAUUCAAUGCAUAGUAGUUGCAAGUCCCAGUUCGACUAUUAAUUCCUUAAGUCCAAAGUCAUGAGUAAAAGCUCAGUCACCACACCAUAUGCAUAAAUAUAAGAUGGAAGAGAGAUCCCUGCUGUCAGACAGUAUACUUUUUAAGUGUAUGUUUUAUAAUAGAGCCCCGCGUAACAGUCUUUGAUGCAAUGCUUGUCUGAAGAGGUGUCGAUUUUCCAAUAGUCUUAAUUUUCCAUCACCCAGUAAGAGCCUUCCCUUAGUAUGUGAAGUGUUGGAUUUCAGGUCAAUGUAUGCAUUUUUGUGUAGAAUGAAAGGAACUGUCAUUGAUCCCCGUUUUCAGUGCAAUAAUUCAAGAAUGACGUGAACAGAAAACUGUUUAUGGCUUACUAUGAUGUCCGAAGUAACCCCUCUACCUCUGUCAUUUAUGGGUUGCUUUUACCCAUGGGUUUAACUCUUCAAGGACCAAAUAAACUGCGAUGUCCACAGCAGCUUUGUGGCUGGAUAAACUAAAGGCCAUUGUGAUAUUUUUGUUUUCCUCUCUUGAUUCCAGUGCAGUCUGUACUUCCAGAUGCUGCAUAGUUGAGAGGAAAGCUAGUUGGUGUGAAGGGGGGGUUUGACUUGAAUCCACAUAACCAUCAUAGGAACCACUUAGACCAUAGUGCUCUGCCAAAUGAUAUAUGCACAAUCAAACCAUAUCAGAUGUUUCUGUGUAGGCAUCGUCACAUUUUUAAAUUGACCUAACACCAAGAGGAAGACUAGCUGUUGUUCGAGCUCACAUGAUUUCUGUGUGAAAUCACGUGGGAUGGAGCCGCAUGAUUUUCAGUUCGAAGCCACUGCCUCCCUUCAUGUCUUCCUAUCUUAAGGUGCCAGCACACUGCCCCAACAAACACAACAAGCCCCCACCUUUAAGCAUGUUGGCCAAUGCCUAUUCGACAACGCUAAUUGGAAAACCUCCAGCCAAUAGGUUCCAAUGUUGGUGUUUGUUGGGGCAACAUGCGAGCCCCUUUAACUGUUUGCCUUGCUUCUCAGGGACUACCACGAAUAAAUAGCAUUCCUCAUGAAUGUGGCUUGGCUGUAGUCUUUCAAAUGGACUUACUUUCAUGUGAUUUAGGAUACUUGCACCGGAGGAUAUUUAGCAUAGCGGUCGAUCUUUAGCUCUAUUUAUUACAGGUAUUCUUCAAUGAAAUCCAUGGCAUUCUUGACAUCUUACCAAAGCUAGGGAAUUUAACAUUCCAUUGCUAAACUACAACCCAUUAAAUAAAUUCAAAGGUAUACCCUUUUCACCUCUUUUGUUUGAUAACCUUUUGAGUUUUUCACUUAAUUAGAUAAAGUAUGAAAAUCUCCUUGUGGUUGCUUGUAACGAUAGAAUCUUGGUAAUGAUAUGGAAGCUUUGCCCCAUGUUUAAGGGUCAGGCUUUAAGUUUAGGGCAUCUUGUGUUGUCUUUUCUAAAUCUAUUUUUAGGGAAGCCUAGUGUUUGUGUGUGUGUGUGUGUGAUGAACUUUGUUUUGGUUUCUGUCCUUGGAUGAUGCUGAGGGCAUAUAUUUUAUGUCUUCUGUAUUUGGCGGCGUUGUAUAAAAAGGGAAUGUCUUGAGAGUUUCAUGCUUUUUUUCGUUGCUGAUAUCCUCCAUUUCCUGCAUUGUCCCGGAAAGUAAAGAAUUAUUGUCCAGGUUUUUACUGUGAAUUUAAGUUGUCAUGCAUGUCUUUAACAUGCAUGGGAUUGGUUUUAUGUGCUCAUUAACAUAUCAAUCUACAGAUCAUUCAUUGAGUCAUACAUGUUCCACAGUUGGGGUUCAGCAUUACAUGCAUGCAAACGUUAUGUUAAUAUAAAGUGUGUUUUGCUCAUGAA